GACCAUUCACUCGAUUAUGUCGUCACGGCUUUCUCUUUAUACUGACUGCCAAGUCCCAUUUGACGUUUCAAUCAAUCUCCUCAUUCAGCCUUUUGACGCGGAGAUGUCUUGCCCAUUGGGUGAAACCGAUUCGCAAAUUUCCUACAGGGCCGAAAAGGCAACACCAUGCAUACGGAAGCCGCGUUGGUGUUUACCGAUGACGUAUGGGCUCCUACCGAUGAGAGAUAUGGCUAACGUCAGUUAACGAGGAGAAUAUGUUAUAUUAGACGUCGAAGUCAAGGAAUUGCUGCAGGAUAUAAGCGGGUGACAAGACAGGGACAACAUGUUGGAGUCCUAUGUCACACCGCUCCUGAUGAGCUAUGUGAACAAGUAUAUCAAGAAUCUGAAGCCGUCUGAUCUGCAGCUGUCUCUUUGGGGUGGAGAUGUGGUGCUCAGCAAGUUGGACCUGAAAUUGGAUGUGCUUGAGCAGGAGCUGAAGCUUCCUUUCACAUUCCUGAGUGGUCAUAUCCAUGAGCUGCGUAUCCAUGUGCCCUGGACCAAGUUGGGCUCGGAGCCUGUUGUCAUCACCAUUAACACAAUGGAGUGCAUUCUCAAACUGAAGGAUGGAGCACAGGAUGACCACGAGAGUGGCUCCAGCUCCACCAGUCGCAGUGUCUCUGACAGCUCCAAGGCUGUGGCCAAGCCCCGCCGCCUCCAGCAGGCUGCCCCCAGUGACCCCGACCUGCCCCCAGGGUAUGUGCAGAGCCUGAUCAGACGUGUGGUGAACAACGUGAAUAUUGUAGUGAACAACCUGAUCCUGAAAUAUGUGGAGGAUGACAUUGUGCUGUCGGUGAACAUUACCUCAGCAGAGUGUUACACUGUGGACGAUAUAUGGGAGAGGGCCUUCAUGGACAUCACUGCCCCAGAGCUGGUCCUCAGGAAAGUCAUCAACUUUGCUGACUGCACGGUGUGCUUGGACAAGCGGAAUGCCAGUGGCAAGAUUGAGUUUUACCAGGACCCACUGCUGUACAAAUGCUCCUUCAGAACACGUCUCCAUUUUACCUACGACAACAUUAAUUCAAAGAUUCCAUCCGUCAUCAAAAUCCAAACGAUGGUUGAGAGCCUGAAGUUGUCCAUUACUGAUCAGCAGCUGCCCAUGUUUAUCCGCAUUUUAGAACUGAUUAUUUCUCUCUACUACGGGGAAAUUGGAGGACACAAAGAGGGCGAGGGAGAGGACGGCAGUGGCAACGUAAGCGAGACUGUAGCAAUAUUACCCGGGAUGGAUGUGGAUAUGGAAAGCCAAAAGACCGGCCAGUACUCAAGUCCGGAUCUCUACACUCCGUCUGGCAGUCCUGACGAGAACGACCAGGGUUGGGUGUCCUGGGCUUGGUCCUUUGUCCCAGCCAUUGUAGGCGAAGAUGAAAGUGAGGAAGGCUUCUACCUGCAAAGAGAGACAAGAGGCAUCUACAACAACCCCCAACAACACGCACCCAAAGACCCUAUUAUUUCCAUUGGCUUCUACUGCACCAAAGCUUCUGUGACCUUCAAGCUGACCGAAACCCAGUCGGAGAGCAGCUACUACAGCCCUCAGAAAGUCAAGUCCAGAGAGGUCCUGUGUCUGGAGCAAGAGGGAAUCACCAUUGAGGUUCUGAUGAUGGGGGAGCCCUUCUUUAAUUGUCAGAUUGGCUUUGUGGGCUGCCGCGCGCUCUGCCUGAAGGGCAUCAUGGGAGUAAGGGAUUUUGAAGACAACAUGAACCGACGAGAAGAGGAUGCAGUGUUCUUCAGCUGUGGUGAAAGCCUGAGCAGUAAAGGAAUGACCUACCUUACCAACUCCCUCUUUGACUACCGCAGUCCAGAGAACAACGGAGUCAGGGCUGAGUUCAUUCUUGAUGCCACUAAUCACAAGGAGACCUACACGGAGAUAACGGGCUUGCAGCGCUUUGGUGCUUUCUACAUGGAUUAUCUCUUCACAAUGGAGAACAGCAGUGGCAAGGGCUCCCAGGACUCCUCGGUAGUGAAUAUGGAGGAGGUUGUACCCACUGUUCAAGAGACAUCCAUAAAGAGGCUGGUUGUGGGACCACUGGACGUUAGGCUUCACAGCAGCGCUGUCCAUCGCAUCCUCAAGAUGGUCACCUGUGCCAUGGACCACGAGUAUGAACCCUACUGCAAGCCAGGGGAAGAAAUGGUGGAUGAAAGCCAUGGUCCAGCUACUCCAGAAGAUAUAUCCACCCUAGAGGAAUUCAUCCCAACCAGACUCAUGAGUCUCACUCUGCUCAAAGUCUCAAUAACCAUCUCCAUGGCUGAGUUCAACCUCCUUCACACACUGAUGCCUAUUAUCAUGGGGCAGAAGACAGCACUGGGCUCGGUCAACUUACCAGUGUUUCAGCCGGUGCGCCCUUUACCUUCAUUCCAAUUCCAAGUGGAAAGGGUGAAUGUUGAACACUCGGUGCCCAUGUAUGCCCCAGAGCUGGUCAGCACUGUCGUCAGUCUCAGCCAGCCCUCCGACAACUUACUACAUCACUGCUAUGCACACCUCUGCCUCAAGGUGUUUGGGUUCCAAGCAGACUUGACAUGCCAGGACAAUAAAGGAGGUUUCCUCCCUCUCAUCUCCAUCAUCCCUUCCUUCAGCACUGCACUUUAUGGGAAACUAAUCCAGAUGCCUGCAUACUGGAGUAAAAGGUCUUCAGUCCCAACUGCAGAGUGCAUUUUUGAGCUCCCGCACUUUACUGUACAGGCAACAAGGGCCCAGACGCUCAUGCUCCAAGCGAUCUGUGAGAGCUGGACCCACAGUGUUGCAAACGGAGUCCCAUUAACACUCAGCGAAAACCUGCUCAAUGAGGUGUAUAAAAUAUCAGGUGUGAAGUCUCCAGGCCUGUCACCGACUCUCGAGGGCUCGGUCCAAAACAUGGAGCUGAAGUUUUGCAGCCGCGCAACAGUGAAAUGCGCCUCGGGAACCGUGGGAGCUAUAAAAGUGUGUGCCAGGAUCCCAGGUUCAGGACAGGGGGUUAAGGAGAAGCUGGUUCCUCUGAUUCAGGGCCCAUCUGACACCAAAGAACUCUACAUGAGCCGCUGGCUUAAUGAGAUUCGCAAGCCUGAAUCUUUGCUUGCCCCUGACCUGCUGGCAUUUUCUGUUCAAAUACCUCAGCAAGGAGAUGACUGCAGAAACUCAGGUGCAGUCCUGCUGGUCAGUGUCCAGGGCAUUGCUAUGAAUGUCGACCCAGUCUUCUGCACAUGGCUGUUGUACCAACCUCACAGAGGAAGCAGCAGGCAACAACAACAGGUACCCGAUCCUCUUCAUGGUGUGGUGUCAUUGCAGACUUCAGUUCCUCUGGCCAAGAGGAGAGAGGACGAGAUGUCGGUGGGGAGCACACCGCUGGCCAGACAGCCGUCCAAUCAGGCAUCAGACUACGCCAGCAGCCCAGUCAAAACCAAGACAGUGACAGAAUCGCGUCCCCUGUCCAUCCCAAUGAAGGUGAUGCCUGACACUACAGCAGCCGAGGCAUGGACGGCCUCAGAGGAGAGAAUGAAGGAGCUAAUUGCCCAUGCCUGGGAUGCUGUGAAACGCCUCACUCUACAGCUGGAGCUUCAGUCGUGCUGCGUGUUCCUGCCUAAUGACAGCCUGGCCUCCCCGAGCACCAUCAUCUCUGGUGACAUUCCCGGCACCGUCCGUAGCUGGUACCACAACCAAGCCUCCAUGCCCGGGACCCUUGUAGUGUGCCUUCCCCAAAUCACUGUCCUUAGCGCCGGGCACAAGCACAUGGAACCCCUGCAGGAGCUUCCCUUUGUGGUCUCCAAACCCAUCUUGGAUGAAGGCGACGCUUUCCCAUGGACAGUAAGCCUGAGUCAGUUCAGCGUGUACACAUUGCUGGGACAGCAGCGAAGCCUAAGCCUGUUGGAACCUAUGGGCUGUACCUCCACUCUGGCCAUCACAUCCCAUAAGCUGCAGAGCUGUUCCGAAGGAAGAAACUCCUUUGUUGUUUGCCUCCAUGUUGAUCUGCAGCCCAUCCACGUCAAGUGCUCCAACCCGCAGGUUCAGCUUCUGUAUGAGCUCCUUCUCAGCUGGAGCUCUACGUGGGCUCGUCUCCAGAAGCAUGGCAUCUUGCGUCAGACCUCCAACAUUCCAGAACCUGCUACUGCUGCUUUGUCCUCUCCAGUGCGCAGCAGUGCCGGCACGGCCAUACCAGACACCAGCACAUGUAGCCCCUCUGCAGACUUUGGCUCCCCCACUGAGGGUGACUCGGUGCCUGCAGGAGAUGACACUCAGUUUGCGGACACCAUAACUCUGGAGCAGAAAACCAGCAGCAUUGGUGGCACCAGCGGUAAAGUCAGCCUUUGGAUGCAGUGGAUGCUACCUAAGGUCACGGUGAAACUGUUUGCUCCUGAAACAACCACCAAAAACACAGAAAUCUGUGUCAUCGGUGAACUGGAAGACCUGAGCGCCUCAGUAGAUGUCCAGGAUGUUUACACAAAGAUCAAAUGUAAAGUUGUCAGCUUCAACAUCGACCACUACAGAUGCAGUAAGGAGGAGGGUGUACGGAGCUCGGGCGGCUGUGGAGGAGUGGUCCUCUCUUGCACUGACAAGCUGAACAGACGCACUGUGUUGGUUCGACCGGUCAGCAAGCAAGACACUUUUAGCCACUUCUCUGGCUUUUUCCCCCCUACGGCAGCAAAGGUCCUGGAGGGAUCUCACCAGCAGCACGGCUUCCUUUCGAUCACCUACACUCAGGCGGUCACCAAAAAUGUCCGUCACAAACUCACCACCCGUCCUGAGCGACCGACACGCAGCGGGGCUGCAACUGCCAGUCAGCGCUUUACCGCCGAUCCUUUGGCAGACAACUCACCUCAGUACCUGAGAGAAAUCCUGCUGACAGCCCAGCCCUUUGAUGUGGUGCUCUCGUGUCCCUUAUUGUCCACUAUCGCAGGAGUGUUUCAGGCUACAGUGCCAAGACGCUACAAAGAGCGUGGCAAAUCAGGUGGUCAACCAAUGAGAAGCCACACGUUGACAUCUCGAUGUUUGCCACUUAUCUACAUCAACUCCAGUGUGAUCAGGGUCUUCUUCCCUGGGGUACAAGAAAAGGAAACAACACCAGGCCAAGUAGAUCCCCAUGUGAAAAAAGAGGACACCGUGGUACUGAAGCUGGGUUCCCUCAGUAUGGCCCCUCAGGCUGAUAACCCUCUAACCCGCACUGUGCUGCGAAAAGACAUCUACCAACGUGCAUUGAACCUGGGCAUCCUGCGUGACCCGGGCUCAGAAGUGGAGGACCGUCAGUAUCAGAUCGAUCUACAGUCCAUCAACAUUGGAACAGCUCAGUGGAAGCAACUUAAGCCAGAAAAGGAGGGAAACAAAGGAGGAGUGUCAGCGGAGAGUGAGAGGAGCUCCCAAAACCCGGCCCUGGAGUGGAACAUGGCCAGCAGCAUCAGAAGGCACCAGGAGCGAAGGGCAAUCCUGACACCUAUCCUGACUGACUUCUCUGUUCGGGUUACUGCUGCGCCAGCCAUCAUCUUCAGCAAGAACCUGUCUCUUGACUGUGGGCAACCAGAGGAGGUGGUGGUGUGUGGCCACUCUCUGGAGGUAAACGUGACCAGCAGUCUGGAUUUCUACCUGAGUAUUGCCCAGGUGCAGCUCCUUCAGCAGCUUCUCAGAGACAACAUGGUGUGGAUGGACACUCCGGAGAAAAGUGCUGAGGUACAUCAGUGUCAGCAGAAGCGUGGCAGUCGUGAUGUAGUGGCAGGCGGCGACUCCUCGUCUCGUCACAGCGGGACUGGGCAGGACAGCGGCUUCGGCAGUGACAGCACUCGCAUUCGCAUCAUCCAAAUAGAGCAGCAGAGUGGUGCCAGCCACCACUGCAUCGCCAGACCAUCCCACAAGUCCACCAUCACCAAGAACCUAAGCUUCAUCCCUUUCGACAUCUUUCUCACCGCUAGCCGGCUGUCCGUAAUGACCUAUGCUUGUGCCAGUCCCCCAAAGGCUCUCCAGUCAUUGUCAGAAACCCCCAGCACACCAGAGAAGAAGGAGCAAGGGGAGAAGAUCGGAAAAGAUUCCCUUUCCCAGCCGGAGAUCCUCUCUGAGAUUUCUCCAGCCUCACCCUCCCUGAAUCCAGACCCCGUUCCAACCGCGCAGAGUUCCCUCGCAGGCCUGACAGCUGAAGACAUCCUCAACAGCAACACCUCCCAGCCAGCCUCCUCACUGCCAAGGACUACCCUCCUCUCCCUGGACGGCCUACCAACUCCCAGCCGGUCCUCGGCCCGCCAAGCACUGGGCGUGACCAUAGUGAGGCAGCCGGGCAGAAGAGGGGCUGGAGACCAAGUGCUGGAACCCCUCCUGUACCUCCAAGUGAUGCAACCUUUUGCUCUGCUCAGCUGCCAUCACCGGAAGCAGAGGAUGGAGCUGUCAGUGUUUGACGUGUCUCUAAAAGGAGUGCCUUCAGACUACAAGUGUCUAGACCCAGGAAAGACUCUGCCUGAGUCGCUGGACUACAAUGUGUUUUGGCUGCAGACAGUAGCAGGAGAGGUGGAUAAUAAAACAGGCAUCCCUCCCCCUCUGCUCUGCCUCAAUAUCAAAGAUUUCCUCAACGGACCAGCUGAGCUGAAUGUGGAGCUGUCGCGUCCUCUGAAAAUCAGCCCUACACUGGCAAAGCUUGAGCAGUCAAAAGCCUACCUAGAGAAAGUCCUACAAAACCACACAUGGGAUUUCUCGAGUAAAACAUCGACUGCUGCCUCCAGCCCUCGUUCCUCCCCAAUGAAGACGCCUCCCAGGGCCUAUCCCUCUCGUCCUGACUCGCAGCAUCAGGCCUCUGCCCUGGACAAAGCCAGCAGCAUCAGAGCCCUGGCCCUUUUCUUCCACAGGGUCUCUCUUCACACUGCCCAGAUUGUGGUUGUCAUGGAGACAGAGGCCCAUCCAGUAAGGCCUAGUGUGACAGUGUCGGUGUCGGCAAUGACAGGAAGUCUGGAUAUGAAGUCAGGACCUAGGAUGGAAGAUGCAAUCCAGGCUGCAUCUGUGCAGCUGGAGCUUCAAGAUCUGCUAGUGAGAACAGGGCUGAAGGAUCGGAGCCGUCUUCUGCUGGGACCGUUCUCCUGCAGCACUUCCCUGGAGGCUCAGUGGUGUCGGCACAGUGGCAGCCCUGGACCUGAGCCCGGCCUCCCAAAACUACUGCUGAACCUAAAGGGAGGCCUGCUGCAGGUCUUCUGGGGCCAGGAACAUCUGAACUGCUUGAAGCUGGUUGAGGAGCACCUACAGAUGUACCUAAACCUCCAGAGAGGGGACUCAGAUGAUAGCUGCAGCAAAAGCAAGGCCUACAACACCCAUCCACCUGCCUCUUCUGCCCCUCCCACUCCUCAGACAGAGCACAGCUCAGACGAUCUGCGUACAGGGCAUUUUCAAUACAUCCAGGACUCAGCUUCCCAGAGACUUCCAGGACCCCAUGAGGUGGUGUUCUACAGUGAGACAGAGGAUUGCCCAGGGGUGAUGUUGUGGAGGUACCCUGAACCUCGAGUCCUUACCUUUGUCAGAAUCACUCCGGUCCCCUUCAACACUACAGAGGACCCUGAGAUCAGCACUGCCGACCUGGGGGAUGUCCUGCAGGUGCCAUGCAGCCUAGAGUACUGGGAUGACCUCCAGCAGGCCUUUGUGCCAUACCGGGAGUUCAGACUUUCAGAGAGCAGUGCAUGCCAGCUACAGCUGCCGAGCCUCAGUCUCACUGACCAGCAGAAGGAGCUGGUGGCCUCGGACUUGUGGAGGAUAGUUCUCAACAAUAAUGGAGAGGGAGGAGAUGAACAAAGUUCUGACAGUGACUGUGGAUCCCAGUUGCCAUGCGAUCAGUUGGUAUCCCCUGUGGCGUUGGCAGCCUGCACACGUGUGGACUCCUGCUUUGCAUCCUGGUUCGUGCCCUCCCUGGGUGUAUCUGUACAACUAGCACAGCUGGAUGUUCACCUCUGCCACCACCUGGAACAGCUGGGCACAGUUCCAUCUAGACAGCUUCGUCCCUUCCUGCCAGACAGGAAGUUACCGCAGGAUCAAGAGUUCAUGGUGAUUGGUGCUCGGGAGCCACGUGUUUUCCUUCGCCAGUGGGGCAAUGGACCUCGUCACUGUCAGGAAUUCAAUUUUUCCACACAGCUAGACUGCAAGUUGCUGGAGUACCGGAACCUGACCCACCAACAGCUCUUCCAGCCAUGUGUUGUACAGGGCCAGGCUGCAGCCACUUGCUGCCCCAAGAAUGCCACAUUGGAUGUGAAUGUAUUUUUGGAUCCAGUUUCACUCAACGUCAGCCAGUAUACCAUCCACACUGUGGACACCGCCCUGCAGAGCUGGCAACAGAAUGGGAACCCAGAGGCUGAGGAGCUCGUCUACAGCCACUUUGUAAUCUGUAACGACACCAAUGAGACGCUGCGCUUCGGCCAGGUGGACACAGAUGAGAACGUGCUGCUGGCCAGCCUCCACAGUCACCAGUACAGCUGGAGAUCACACAAGUCUCCUCAGCUGCUGCACAUCUGCAUUGAAGGAUGGGGAAACUGGCGAUGGUCAGAGGCCUUCAGCGUGGACAACAUAGGGACUCUGCUGAGGACCAUUCAGUACAAAGGACGCACCGCCUCUCUCAUCAUCAAGGUGGUGCAGCUCAAUGGUGUCCAGAAACAGGUUAUAAUAUGUGGGCGCCAGGUGAUGUGCAGCUACCUGACUCAGGACAUUGAGCUGCGGGUGGUGCAGCACUAUGUGGGGCCUGACAAUCAGACGGUGGUGAGGGAACAUUGUGACUGCCUGGAGGCAGGGGCAAAGUUGCCUUCCUAUGUGCUGGAGGACGCUGAGAUGACAGAGCUAUGUGUGAGGGCACAGGGAGAUGAAGACUGGUCCCAAGAUGUUCAGCUGGAAAGGAGGGACAAGGGCAGCAGCCGCUCCGUUGUGCAGUUGCCUUGCUCCAGUGGUUCUUUGCUGUACGUGUGGUGUACUCUUAUCACCAUUGAACCCGACUCUCUGAUGCAGCAGAGAUUGGUGGUUUUCAGUCCGCUGUUCGUCAUGCGGAGCCAUUUGCCCGAUCCAGUAAUUGUCCACAUCGAGAAGAGGAGUCUAGGUCUGAGAGAGAGCCAGCUGAUAACUGGACAGGGCCACCAGGAGCCCCUGUUAAACACUGAGGCAGACCUUACCCACCACCUCACCUUCCAGGCCAGGGAGGACGAAGAUGCUUCCCAUUGUGCCGUGCCAAUCUCCACCAGCCUAAUCAAACAGAUUGUGAACAAGACUGGAAACGACGACAACCUCGAACACAUCCUGGCUGACUUCUAUGGGCCAAAGAUCCCCAGUGAGCCACCAUGGCCCUACAUCUCCAAGGACUCUGAAAAGCCAGUGCUGGAGCCCCUCGCCCAGUCGGACAGUCCCAUGCAGGUCAAGUUGUCCUGCUGGAAGGCUGGCCUGAACACUCUGCUGGUAGAAUUGCUGCCCUGGUCCCUGCUGGCCAACCACUCUCACUGGGACCUGUGGCUUUUUGAAGGAGAAACCAUUGUUUUACAAAUACCAGCCGGCAAGGUCAUUGUACCACCAAACUUCAAGGAAGCCUUCCAGAUUGGUAUCUAUUGGGCCCACACGAACACCGUCCACAAGUCUACAGCACUGAAAUUGGUCCAUGACAUGACUUCUCCUCGAUGGAAGGAGGGAUCCGGUUCGGAGGUGGUCACUCUGGACGAGGAGGGAUAUGUAGAGGCUGAGAUCACACUUGGAGCUUUCCCUGGCAAACAAAAGCUGUGUCAGUUCUGUGUGUCAUCUGUGGUGAGACACGGCAUCCAGAUCCUGCAGAUAGAGGACAAAACGAUACUCAUCAACAACACUCCCUACAUGAUACAGUACAGGCCUCUGAUGGCUCACCAUGCAUUGGGGACUGAUGACAAGGCCUGUGAGAUACCAGAGACAGCAGUGUUCAGCCUCGCUCCCUCUGAAGAGUCAUCUCCGGCAAUACCCUGCUCCGUGCCAUGUUGGGACCUUCUCCAAACCAACGUCCAGGGAACGGUGGAGUUUCCUCUGCCUCUCAGACACAUGCUCUUCAGCUUGUUUCCCAGGCCCGAUGUUGGAGUUGGAUCUGCAGAAUGGAGCCUCCCCGCUCCGAUUCGACCGGACUUUGUAAGGCAGAGUUUGUCUGUUCCUGGGGAACCAAACUCUGGGGGUGGCCUGAGCAGCAGAGGCAUCAUUCUGACUUAUCAGGAGCACCUUGGGGUAACAUACAUUACCCUGAACGAUGACCCCUCUCCUCGAAUGCUGAUCCACAACAAGUGUCCUAUCCCGCUGCUUCUCAAAGAAAAUCUAAAAGACACUCCGAGGACUGAGGUGUUCUGCUGUCCUCUGCCAGCUAAUUGCUCCUUGCAACACGAGCUUUACUACCAAUCUUCCAGUUUCCCAGAGUGCAGACCGAAAGAGUUGCUGCCCUCACUGCUGUUGAAAACCAACUCCGACCACGGCUCUACAGACUGGACUGACCCCAUAGAUAUAAACAGCCCUGGCACCCAGGUUGUGUUCCUGCCAGGUUUUGGAUGUCUCUACAUAGACGUGGAGUAUAAGAAAGGCACUCUGGUUCUCUCUCUGGCACCAGAGGGCAGCGUGGAUGCUGUAAUCAACCAGCACAGCAGGUCAACAAACCUGUCCUUUAGAGUCCUCCUGAAGGAAGCCAGUGUGGUGCUUAGUGAUGACAUCACCAGCUCCUCCAGUUCAGUGGAGCUGCUGAGGCUAACACUGACCAAGCUGCUCCUCAGCAUGGCUCCAGCACCCCCCUCCCUGCCCUUAGAGCUGGGAGUUGACUCUGGAACCGGCACGGUACCCAUCUCCACCCUGAUGCCUGACGGCUCUUUGAUCGAGGUCUACUGUUCCAGUCUGCAGGUGGACAACCAGCUGUAUAACCGAGCUAGUUUUCACUUCCCCGUGCUGCUGUGCCAGGAUCAGAGAGGGGGCGCUGAGUCUGGAGGUCCAUGGAGCAGCGACGUCAACCCAACCGGGUCUCCUGAAGCCCUGGAGGAGUUUAAACGCUCAUGUUUCUUCAAGCUGAGGAUAUCUCUUUCAGCAGACAGAUGCACCUUGGAGGAGGUCACCCUCCAGCUUCAACCCGCCAGAGUCUACCUUGAAGACACUUUUGUGUACUACAUUAAAACCCUGUUCCACACCUACAUCCCCGACAGCGCCAUGAGAUCAGCCACAGUAAAGACCCAAAGGAGUGAAGAUCCUGGAUCAGCCCCCAUCCUCCCUGAACAGGUGCUUCAGUCGGUGCAUGCAUUGGUCCACACUGUAAGGCUGCAGAGGCUGACCAUCCAGCCCGUCAACCUGUUGGUCAGCAUCCAUGCUUCACUGAAGCUGUACAUCGCUUCAGACCACACUCCUCUCUCCUUCUCCCUGUUUGAGAGGGGGCUGAUUUGCACCACGGCCAGGCAACUAGUCCACGCCUUGGCUAUGCACUAUGCGGCUGGAGCCCUAUUCAGAGCUGGUUGGGUGGUGGGAUCUUUGGAGAUCCUGGGCAGUCCUGCCAGCUUGGUGCGGAGCAUCGGUAACGGCGUGUCAGACUUCUUCCGGCUGCCGUAUGAGGGUCUCACCCGAGGGCCUGGAGCCUUCGUCAGCGGGGUGUCGAGAGGAACCACCUCCUUCGUCAAACAUAUCUCUAAAGGAACACUGACUUCAAUCACCAAUCUAGCAACAAGCCUGGCAAGGAACAUGGACCGCCUUUCCCUAGAUGAGGAGCAUUACACGAGGCAGGAGGAGUGGAGACGCCAGCUACCAGAGAGCCUCGGGGACGGACUGAGGCAGGGGCUGUCGAGACUUGGCAUUAGCCUGUUAGGAGCAAUAGCAGGCAUCGUGGACCAGCCCAUGCAGAACUUCCAAAGGAACUGGGAGCUGCAGAGCUCAGCUGGUAGUCAGGCCAAAGGGGUCAUCUCGGGAGUUGGGAAAGGUAUUGUGGGAGUUUUUACCAAGCCCAUCGGAGGAGCAGCUGAACUGGUGUCCCAGACUGGAUAUGGGAUCCUUCAUGGCGCAGGACUGUGGCAGCUUCCUAAACAACAGUUCCUGCCCACAGAGGAGAAGUCUGCUCAUGCCCCAAACAGCCACCUUAAAUAUGUGUGGAAGAUGCUUCAGUCCCUUGGACGCCCGGAGCUCCACAUGGCCUUGGAGGUGACCAUUGUUAGUGGGUCAGGUCAGCAGCAUGGAGGCUGCCUGCUCCUUACCUCCGAGGUGCUGUUUGUGGUGAGCCUCAGUGAGGAUACGCAGCAGCAGGCCUUCCCCAUCACAGAGGUGGAGUGUCAGCAGGACCCAGGACAGCAGGGCCAGCUCACCCUCACCUUACAGCAGCAGACAGUGGUCAGCGAUACAGAGGGUGAUGGCGCUCGUGAACGUCUGUCAGAGCAGCAGUAUCGCCGGCUGGUGGAUUACGUGAUGCGCUCCUCCCAGUUUCUUUCCCCCUCUACGUCCUCUCUCCAGCUGCAGCCCUCUGUGACACUCGCCAACCCCCCGCCUUCUGUCACCAAGUCUUACCACUACCUGGUGGAUCCUGCCUUCUCCAAGGUGUUUGUCAGCAAAUUCACCAUGGUUAAGAAUAAAGCCUUACGUAUGGGAUUCCACUAACACAAACAAAAAAACACACAAAGAUUUUGUUCUAUUUAACAAAAAGCCUUAAAAAAAAUCUCCAGAUACACCUUAUUGUUGCGCUGAAGGAAGAAUACCUACUUAUGCAAAAUAUCUGUUCAAGAAAAUAAGAUUUAUAUUAUGAGAAUAAGUCCAUGUAGAGAAUUCUUAGAAAUUGUUUAUGAAAUUUAUAUUUUUUUAAGGUUACAACAAAUUCAUAAUGACAGAAAAUUUCAGUGGGAUUAUCAUCCGUUUUAAUGAUAGACACGCAUUUAGUUCAGGGAUUGUAGUAAACACUAAAGUGUACCUUUAAAUCAAAGUUCAGUCAGUGUGAAACCUCUUUAGUGUUGCUUACAGAAACACAGUGCUCAGCUAAAGAAACUCUAAAAUCUGUUACAUUUCAAGCAAAUUAGCCUGUUAUAGUUCAAUCUGCAGGAUAAGCUCUUAGUGUUUACAUUCUCCUAUUAGUGACUGUGCCAAUGUGAAGUGCAAUAUUAUAUACAAGUUGAUGGACACCAGAGAUACGAGCUGUCAACCAAAAUGUUUUUACAGAUGAUGUAACAUACUUGUUUAACAAUCACACUGUGCUUUGUAAGCCAACCCCUUGUGAUGAUGAAACCAUGUUGUUUGCCUUCAAUAUUGUUGUAGUAUUGAGCUCUAUGUUAGAUUGAAGUCUAAUCAAUUGAAUGUACGUUAAUGGAUAAUAUAUAAAUGAAGAAACAUUUUAAUAAAAACAUUUUAAAACUA